AUGAACUCUUUACUUCGUAGAUCAUUAUUAACUCAAAUUAACAUAACCAGAGCAGGUCAAAAGUUAAGAAUGGACCAAAAUAGAAUGAGAAGUGGAAAUGAAGAUGGUCCACUCCAUGAUUUACCAGAUUUUCACUUUGCAGAUGGCAGAGCAGCUCCAAUUACAGCAAAACAAGAAAAAUGGAUGAAAACAAGAGAAAACGAACAAAAUAUUUUAAAUAGAAUUAAAUCAGAAGUUGAACAAGAUAGAGCUGUUGUUAUCGAUAAAAUUAAAGGAAUGGAAGAUAAGAUCCUUAAAACCAUUAAAAUUAAACAAGAGAAAAAGAAACAAAGAGAAACUUUAUUUAAUAACGACCAAACAACAGAAAAAAAAGAAUAA